AUGCCUCCGAAAGCCGUACCUCGUGCAAGCUCCCGUGGAGGAGCUUCGGGCCGUGGUGCUCGCUCAGACUCAACCUCGACGACUCCCGCUGGCGGGGGCACACCACAGAAUGAGACAGCGGCAACCGGUACGCCAGGGCCCUCGGGUCGUGGCUCAGUGCAACGCCUUCAGUCACUGAACAAACGAACACCUUCCGGCAGCAUUGCACCUAGCAGCCGACCCCCGUCGGCGCUUAGUGGCGAGACACCCAAACCAGUUCUAAAGUAUCGACCGAAGGCAGUCGGCCGUCGCAGCAAGCAAGAACGAGAGGAGAUUGAAAGGCUCGAGAAGGAACGAUACAACGAGCGUCUAAGGGAGGCAGCGGCUAUUCAGCGUGGUCGCGGUGGGACUGCUCGUCGUGGCGGGUUCCGUGGCCGUGGUGGACCCAUGGCUAUGGCUGUGGGCGGGUUUGGUGGACGAGGCGGCAAGCGCGGUCGUGGCGGUCACGGCGGCGGCGGGUAUGGAGGAGGUCCGGGCGGUGCAGGCUCAGGAUAUAACCGGUCUGGUCUUAUUGGGCCCAAUCGUGGACGCGCAUACGAUUCCUCGGACGAUGAAGAGAGCGCACUUCGCAUGAGCAUUGAUCGGAUCAAUUUGGAUAGCGACGAGGAGGACUGGGACACAACGAAAGACUUCAAGGGCAAACAGCCCAGCAGGUCACUUGGUGGACUUCGCCCUGUGCGUGUCGAGCGACAUGAACACGAGGAAAGAGUCAUCAGCGUGAACAUGGAAUCUAGCUCUGCACGAGCUGCCGAUAUCCGCAAAAACGCAGAGAAAGAGAAGGCUGCACAGGAUGUCACGCGUACACCCACAAAGGUCAAGCCCGAACCUCAAGAUGAGGAUGUAGCUAUGCCAGAUGCUAUUCCUCACGCUGACGAUGACGAUUUCCUCCCAGAGCACAAUGUUCGUGUGCGCUCGGCUCAGAGCCAGAGCCCAACGAAGAGGGGCACAGCAGAACUACGCUCAUCUCGAACUACGCCCGAGCCUGAAAUCAUAGACCCGCGCAGUCUCCUUCACACCAAGGAGGAAAUCGACGAAUACGACCGACACACGGAGGAUUUGGCUAUUAUCAGGGAUCUUCUUGUUCCUAAGGAGCGAAAGGCCAAGGAGCCAAAGAACACCAUCACAGAAGGUGAAACUACUAGCGUGGUUCCAGAUGGUGAUACUGCCGCAGCAGAAGGACAGGGUGAAGAGAGCAAGGAUGAAGAAGAAGAGAAUCCUUUACAUGGCCAAAUGUUCCUCAUGCAAUUCCCCCCAAUGACCCCCCGCCUCAGACUUGCCGGGUCUGCUCAAGUCACCAACAAUCAACCCGCAGCAGCAGCUCCUCGAGAUGAAAUCAAGCGUGAAGCAGCGGACGACGUGGAGAUUGUGGAUGACAACGAGCCCACUGUAUCAGAAGACUCCGAUAUUCUCACGGCCGGCAAACCCUGGACGCUUCCCACUGGCCGUGUCGGAAAGCUUAAUGUACACCAGUCCGGUCGCGUGACCCUAGACUGGGGUGGUAUUAGCAUGGAGUUGGACCGCGGAGCCCCAGUAGGCUUCGUGCAGGAAGCGGUCAUCAUGUCGAAGCCAACACCGCAAGUGCCCGGCAAGGUUGAUGAAGAGGCCGGCCAGGUUUGGUCAAUGGGCCAAUUGUCUGGAAAGUUCACAGUCACGCCGAACUGGGAUGUAAUUCUGUGA